UUUAGAGAAGACGCAUGAAUAUGGCUAAAUUAGCUUUAAUAGUAACAGCUCUACUGGCUGUUGUGGCUUUUGCCGCCGCCAACGAUGAAGAGGUAUCAGCAUUUGUUAAAAUCUUCAAUGAAAUGCAUCAGGAACCAGGACCUCAAGAGACCACAAGAGCUGCCAAAGUAAAAACUUUAUGGAUUGAGCAGAAAUUAGAUCAUUUUGAUGCCAAUGAAACUAGAACCUGGCAAAUGCGUUAUAUGGCCAAUGAUGAGUUCUACAAACCAGGUGGUCCCUUGUUUAUUUAUGUCGGCGGUGAAUGGUUUAUUUCGGCUGGUUCCAUUAGCAGUGGUCAUGUUUAUGACAUGGCCAAGGAACAUAAUGGCUAUUUGUUUUACACCGAACAUCGUUUCUAUGGCAAGAGUAAACCCGUGGAUGCCAUGACUAAUGAGAAUAUGAAAUAUUUAGAUGUUCAACAGGCCUUGGCUGAUUUGGCUCAUUUCAUACGCACCAUGAAGGCCACUUUACCGGGCAUGGAAAAUUCUAAGGCUAUUUUGACGGGAGGUUCUUAUUCGGCUACUAUGGUGACUUGGUUUAAGAAACUGUAUCCCGAGUUGGCUGCUGGUUGUUGGGCUUCCAGUGCUCCUUUGUAUGCUAGAGCUGAUUAUUAUGAAUACAAAGAAAUCAUGGGUCAAUCAAUUAAACUAGUGAGUGGCGAUACUUGCCAUGAUCGCAUUAAACGUGGUUUCGAAGAAUUAGAAUCAAUGUUUGCCAACAAACGUGGAGCUGAAGCAAAGGCCAUGUUAAAAUUGUGCAAUUCAUUUAAUGAAGAUAAUGAUUUGGAUCUGUGGACACUGUUCUAUGAAAUUUCCGAAUUAUUUGCCAACUUGGUGCAAACACACAAUGAUGGCAGUAUACAGAAAGCCUGCAGUCGCAUUAUGGAGGGUUCCAGUGAUGUUAUUGGUGUAGCUAAUUAUAUAGUGGAUAAAUUUGCAGCCAAAACCUGUACCGAUAUGUCGUAUCGCUCAUAUUUGAAUCUGUUUAAGGAUUCCUCGUUUAGCACCAACAUAAUGCGUCCUUGGAUUUAUCAGACCUGCAAUGAAGUCGGUUGGUUCCAAACCUCUAGAUCACGCAAUCAACCUUUUGGCACCAAAUAUCCCUUGGUGUUCUUUACCACCCUGUGUGCCGAUGCCUAUGGCGAGAAGUUUACCAAUGAGUUCAUACAAAAACGUUUAGCAGAAACCAAUAAAAUCUUUGGUGGUCUCAAGCCUGAAGUUGAAAAUGUUUACAUGACUCACGGGCAAUUGGAUCCUUGGAGGUCGGCUGGUAUUGAGGAUGAACAACAAGUUACCAUUAUACCUUAUCAUGCCCAUUGCAAAGAUUUGGGUUCAAUCAGCGAUAAGGAUACCCCUGCUCUUAAGGCUUCUAAGGAAAAGGUAGCAGCCUUGGUUAGACAGUGGUUGGCUUAAAGGUUAAAUAGUUAGAAUUAACUUGCACGCGCCUUUUAUACAAUUUUUAUUAUUUUUUAUUUUUUUUAUUUGUUUUUCCACUAAUUUCUGUUAUUCAGUAUUUAUUAGUUUAUUGUAGCAAUAAAUAAAAUUAAUAUUGUUUAAGAUUAAA